AUGGCGAGCAUACGGCCCAUGAUGCUGGAUGACCUUCUCCACUUCAAUGCUGUAAAUUUGGAUGUCUUCACAGAGACCUUCAACAUGAACUUCUAUUUCAACUACCUAACCCGAUGGCCAGAAUGCUGCGCUGUGGCGGAAGCAGAUGGGUCCAUCGCUGGAUAUAUCAUUGGAAAAGUGGAAGGAGCUGGCGCCAAUUGGCACGGCCACGUCUCGGCCAUCUCCGUCGCGCCGGAGUUCCGGCGGACGGGCGUGGCCAAUCGGCUCAUGGAGUACUUGGAGGAGGUCAGCGAGGAGAUGCACGAUUGCUACUUUGUGGAUUUGUUUGUGCGCCCGACCAACACAGCAGCCAUCAAGUUUUACGAAGGCUUGGGCUACGUGAUUUACCGUACUGUGACUGGGUACUAUUCUGGAGAUGAGGAUGCCUAUGAUAUGCGCAAGCCUCUUCGUCGAGACGACCAAAGGAAAUCAGUUGAGAAUGCGGGCUAUCGAAUAUCGCCUGAGCAGCUGCAUGCUUCCGCUUAG